AUGACUACAUCAGGGCGUAAAGCUGGUGACAUGACUACAUCAGGCCGUAAAGCUGGUGACAUGACUACAUCAGGCCGUAAAGCUGGUGACAUGACUACAUCAGGGUGUAAAGCUGGUGACAUGACUACAACAGGGUGUAAACCUGGUGACAUGACUACAUCAGGGUGUAAACCUGGUGACAUGACUACAACAGGGUGUAAACCUGGUGACAUGACUACAUCAGGGUGUAAAGCUGGUGACAUGACUACAACAGGGUGUAAAGCUGGUGACAUGACUACAUCAGGGUGUAAACCUGGUGACAUGACUACAUCAGGGUGUAAACCUGGUGACAUGACUACAUCAGGGUGUAAAGCUGGUGACAUGACUACAUCAGGGUGUAAACCUGGUGACAUGACUACAUCAGGGUGUAAACCUGGUGACAUGACUACAUCAGGGUGUAAACCUGGUGACAUGACUACAUCAGGGUGUAAACCUGGUGACAUGACUACAUCAGGGUGUAAACCUGGUGACAUGACUACAUCAGGGUGUAAAGCUGGUGACAUGACUACAUCAGGGUGUAAACCUGGUGACAUGACUACAUCAGGGUGUAAACCUGGUGACAUGACUACAUCAGGGUGUAAACCUGGUGACAUGACUACAUCAUGGCGUAAACCUGGUGACAUGACUACAUCAGGGUGUAAAGCUGGUGACAUGACUACAUCAAAGUGUAAACCUGGUGACAUGACUACAUCAGGGUGUAAACCUGGUGACAUGACUACAUCAUGGCGUAAACCUGGUGACAUGACUACAUCAGGGCGUAAAGCUGGUGACAUGACUACAUCAAAGUGUAAAGCUGGUGACAUGACUACAUCAAAGUGUAAAGCUGGUGACAUGACUACAUCAGGGCGUAAAGCUGGUGACAUGACUACAUCAGGGCGUAAAGCUGGUGACAUGACUACAUCAGGGUGUAAAGCUAGUGACAUGACUACAUCAGGGUGUAAACCUGGUGACAUGACUACAUCAGGGUGUAAAGCUGGUGACAUGACUACAUCAGGGUGUAAACCUGGUGACAUGACUACAUCAGGGUGUAAACCUGGUGACAUGACUACAUCAGGGCGUAAAGCUAGUGACAUGACUACAUCAGGGCGUAAAGCUAGUGACAUGACCAACACCCGAACAUAA